AUGAUUAAAAUAUUAAUUUUAAUUUUUAAUAUUUUUUUAUUAAUUAAAUUUGGUGGUUGUGUUUUAACCUUUAUAAGUUAUUCAGAUAAAGAUUGUUCACGUGAAGUUGUCUCAACUAUCUAUUACGAUGAUAUGGAGUUGUUUUAUAAUAAUGGUACACAUGUUUUGCCGUUAGAGUCGUCUUCGUCAACAAAUAGUAAAAAUGUGGAGUCCCAAUACGAAGAGAUUAAUAAGUGUAUAAAGCAUAGGGGUGGUUCAAUGAAAAUUCUUGCAGAGGAAUAUAAACUUUUAAAGGGCCAAAACUCAUCAUCAAUUUGUGUUUUGGAGCAAAAUGUUAAAUCUAAAACAAAAACAGAUUUAAAAAAGAAAACUCCAUCAAUAGUUAAAUACACUUUAAACAACGAGAUUAUUUUAUACAGAGACGGGUAUUCAAGAUUAUCUUGCACAAACUCACACACCAGACAAUAUUCAUGCAUCCUAAACAAUUGUUUAUUAGAAAACGAGUGGGAGAAUAACGUUAAAAUUUCAUAUGACUAUUGGCAUUUAUAUUUUUAUAAAAUUUAA